AUGAGUGCCGUGCGAAACCUCACGAGCCGCCGCAUAAGCCAGCUAUCCCACCACCUCGCGACCUCCUCACCUCGCGCCAUGUCCUCAGCACAAGGAUCGGCCUCCCCUGGCCCAGCGCCGUGGCGCGCCGCCUUCCUCGAGAACGUCACCGCCAUGGCCUCCCCUGAGUUCAGCCUCGCGACGCUGCACUCCGCCCCCUCGACCGCCGCCGCCGCCGCCGGGGCCGGUGCCGGGGCUGUCCCGCGCCUGCGCACCGUCAUCUUUCGCGGCCUCUGGGCCUCGCUGCCCGUCAACCCCAAGAACACGGCUGACCUCAACCCGCCCGCGUACGAGUCCGACCUGCUCACCCUCACCACCGAUGCCCGCAUGGCCAAGGUCCCAGACCUGUUCGGCGGCUCCUCCGCCUCCUCUAGCGGCGGCGGCGGGCCCGUCGAAGCGUGCUUCUGGACCGACGCGAAGGUGCAGUGGCGCGUGCGUGGCGAAGCCUACAUCCUCGGCCCGGACGUCGAGCGCGAGGCCUCCACCGCCGUGCGCGAUACGCUGCUCGCGCGCAUGCGCCGCGUAUCGGACAAGACGGCCGACGACGGCUGGAGCUUCGCGCGCGAGGUCACGGCGCACUUCGGCAACCUCAGCCCCAUGAUGCGCGGCACGUUCCGGAACCCCGAGCCCGGGACGCCGCGCGGCGCGAACCCGCCCGGCGACCAGCUGAAGCUGGGGCAGAAGGUCGAGGACCUCCAUGACGAGGUGGCGCGGGCCAACUUCCGCGUCGUCGUCAUCGUCCCGACCGAGGUGGACCAGACUGACCUGAGCAACGCCGAGGACCCGCGGCGGUGGCUGUACCGGUUCGUCGGCGCGGCGGCCGAUGGCGAGCCGGCCGAUGGCGCGGAGCGGUCCAACGGCUGGGAGAAGGUCGAGCUAUGGCCGUAG